UAAACCGCUCCCCUUGAUUAAGAAGAUCUUCCUCUAGAUAGGGCAAUAGAUUCACAGUAACCAUGGUGAUGGGUCUCCCCAAGUCAAAGGUCGUUGGUGCAGCCAUUGUUUUGGACCGGUGCAGCAGAUGUCUGAGAAGGAAGUAAAUAACCCCAAAGUGCAGCUAAAAAUAAAAGCGGCUGGGCUUUGUAUUCUUCCCUGUCCUGAGGGCUCAGGGAGGUUUACAGACAUUGGAACGUCAAAGAAGGAACAGACCAAAGUCUCUUCUAGUCCAGCUUCCUGUUCACCAGCCAGAUCGAAAAGAAUCCAAGGAACAGCAUCUGCACUGAAUGCAGAAGGUCCCAGGUUUAAGUCCCGGCAUUUCCAGAUGGUGUCCUGUGUUGCUAAAGGGGGUGUCUUGGAUUGAGCCACAAAUGCUCCGAGUCCCGGCUUCUCUCACCCUCUGAGCAAAGGAAAUUUGGAAAAGCGAAUCGCUGCAUGGAUGGUGUUGCCUGGAUCUUGGAGCCCUCUGCCAAACUCCCGAUGGAUGUCGAUGGCAUUCCACCGGAAAGUAAGGCGUCUGCCCCUAAGAUUGAGAUAGAAGAAAUGUUGGACGGUGCAGAUCCUGAGUCGGGAGGUGGGGCUCCUCCGGACGACCACUUGCGGAACCUGAAAGCUCUGACGGAGAAACUGAGGCUUGAGACGAGGAGACCCUCCUAUUUGGAGUGGAAGGCCCAGCUGGAGGGGAUUGCGUGGAAAAGCCACCCGGAGCCUUCUUCAGAGGAGGAAGCCAGCCGGGAUGAGAAACCAGGGAAGGAAAGCGUUCCUUUAACAGAGGUGCAGGUUCAUCUCAAUGGAGGCUCUUUGAAAGCGCAGGUUCCGGUGAUGAGCCAGGAGAGAAUCAGUGGCUUUGGAAAUAUUGAUGACGCUCUAAACUGGCUCAGGAAAGAACUGAUGGAAAUGCGUCUCCAGGACCAGCAGCUGGCCCGACAGCUGAUGCGCCUGCGCAGCGACAUCAACAAGCUCAAAAUCGAGCAGACCUGCCACCUCCACCGGCGGAUGCUGAACGAUGCCACCUACGAGCUGGAGGAGCGGGACGAGCUCUCUGACCUCCUGUGCGACUUCCCCUUGACGUCCUCCUUCAGCCUCUCCACCCCGCUCAAGCUCAUUGGCGUGACAAAGAUGAACAUCAACUCCCGCCGGUUCUCGCUUUGCUAGAGGGAGGGGAUGGGAGGGCAGAGGGGCAGAAGCGGGCAUGGAGGGUGACCUUGCCAACAGAGAGGAGGAGGAGCUUGCUUGUCCUUUUGCUCGGCAGGGGAAGGCAGGUGAGGUCGGAGGACAAAGAGAGAAGGCGGAGCAGAUCUGGCAAAGGCUCUUCCACCGAUCCAGUAUGGUUGGGCGAUGGCGACAGUCACAAUCAUGUUCCCAGAGUGCUUUGCAGGAAAGAUGGAGACUACAAACAACCAGGCACCCUCAAGGCGAGGCAGGGAGUCUACCCUAACCCAAUACUUUCAUUCCGAAACAGUCUCCCCUCCUCGUGGUUGGAAUAAGGGUGUGAAGAGAUGUGGCAUGGCACGAACAUCCAGUUGAAGUUGAAUGGUCACUGGUGCCAAGAUAAGGAAGUGGUUCUUCACGUGUUGCCCAAUUAAUCUGCCUUUGUGGAAUUCCACACCACCUGUGAGCUUAUCGGCAUCCGCAUUGCCGCAGGUGAAGAAGUAACUUUGUUGUCCUGUUCCUGUCCCACCCAUCGUUUUCACAGGGAGACCCUCUCAAAGAGAGAAGAGUCCAGCAGCCGUUUAUGUAGAAUUCUAUACACUUCUGUCACCUUGUUCUUAAUUUGUUCCCUCCGAAACUAAUCCCCAACGUGCUGAUCCUUUACCUGAGGGGAGAACAACUGCCAGUCAGUAUAGACAAUAUUGAGCUAGAUGGAUCCAUGGUCUCAGUCGGUGUAAGGCAGCCUUCUAGGAACUUCCUGUGGGAAACAGUGAGAAGUGACGGCAGCCAGGAUGGCAAACGGUCGGGGUGAUAAGAGCUGUCCAGAGUACCUGGUGGAUUCAUUGGCAAUAAAAGUUGGGGUCCUGGCUAAAGCCAACUGGUGUUCUGUGUCUGCUACACAUUGUUUAAUGGGUACUUUGGCCUGAUCGUAUCCCAUGCUGAGUACAAGACCUAGAGAGAAGCCCAGGGAUGAGAUUUUAGUUGCCACUGCCUGUUUCCAUGAUUUCUAUGAAAAUCACCAUUCAUAGUUAGUGGGGCAAGGCCAAGGGGGAAAUAAAGAUCUGAGCCAACAGUUGAGUGUGGUCACCCACACUUUAGCCUCCACUUUUGUGAAGCCUGUCUCUAGUCUCACAUUUUGGGACUUGAGGGGCUGAUCUUAGAAAUUUGGAUUGUACUGGUUUUAGUGGUGCAAAAUUGGAGUGGUGCAAAAUUGAGAGCUGUCCACAACAUCCAAAGAACUACAGGUUCUUCACAGCUGACUUAAACCACCUAUGUAGUCCCUUUUCAUCCAGGCCAGGCAUGUCAAACUUGCAGCCCUCCAAAUGUUUUGGACUACAAUCCCCAUCUUCCCCAACCACUGGUCCUGCUAGCUAGGGAUCAUGGGAGUUGUAGGCCAAAACAUCUGGAGGGCCGCAUGUUUGACAUGCCUGAUCCAGGCCUUCCCAUCAUAAUUAACCCCUCCCCCUGAUACCCCAAAUCAUCUUUGUAUCCCGCCAUCUCCACCAAUUUUACGUCCCUGGAUGAUCUUGACCACCUGUACCUUUCUUAAAGGUAAAGGUAAAGGGACCCCUGACCAUUAGGUCCAGUCAUGACCGACUCUGGGGUUGAGCGCUCAUCUCGCAUUAUUGGCCGAGGGAACCAGCAUACAGCUUCUGGGUCAUGUGGCCAGCAUGACAAAGCCGCUUCUGGCGAACCAGAGCAGCACAUGGAAACACCGUUUACCUUCCCGCUGUAGCGGUUCCUAUUUAUCUACUUGCAUUUUGACGUGCUUUCGAACUGCUAGGUUGGCAGGAGCUGGGACCAAGCAACGGGAGCUCACCCCGUCACAGGGAUUCGAACCGCCAACCUUCUGAUCAGCAGCCUUCUGAUCAGUUUAACCACAGCGCCACCUUUCUUAGGCAGCCCCAAAAGCGCAACACCCCAAAGAUUCGGCUCCUGCCCUUGUACAUGUUAGCUCAGAGCUAAUCCCCAUUCAGUUCAAUGGGACUUACAGUCAGGUAAGUCUUUAUAGAGCUGUUGCAGUCUGGGAUACAUUGCAAUGAUACGCUUGCUUGCAUUCAAGCCGCUCUCACUAAUCCGCUUGGUUUGCUUUGCACAAAAACUGGCGUUUGAAUUUCCAGGAACUUUGCGAAUUUGGAAACCCGUGUCAAAUUCCUUUGCUAAGAAUAAAAAUCCAUGAGGGUGGCUCCUUGGUUUUUGCACAAAAUGUACCAGAAACAUGGAGACUGCUCUGUGUCUGUCUGACAUAUGCGUGACAUUUUUUUUAUAUAAAAAAAAUCAUUUCCCAUUGGAAUCAGGAAUUUGAGUCAUCUCUUUUUUGUGUUUCAUUGGAGGCAAGGGAGAAAAGUGCAGUGAAAACUCAAUAAACAAUACACAAAUGAAAUAGUUUCAGUCUUUGGCUAUAUACACCUUAGUGGCAUAAAGCAUACAGAGGUCAUUUCCCCCCUGUUGCAUUUCAGUUUGCUUUUUUACAUUCCUAUAUGGACCAGAAAGAGGGUGGGUGGGGAUGUUCUUCAUCCUAUGGCCUGUCACCAGAUUUGCUUCCUCCCACAAAACUCCAACAACAACAACAUUUAUACCCUGCCCAUCUGGCUGGGUUUCCCCAGCCACUCUGGGUGGCUCCCAACAGAAUGUUAAAAAUGUGAUAAAAAUGUCUGGGGUGUGGGGUGGUCUGGGGAGAAUCUCAAGGGCCAGCUCAAAAUGCUUAGAGGGCUGCAUUUGGUCCCUGGGUCAGAGGUUCCCCAACCCUGGCUGAGAUGCUCUGUUCUGCCCCAAAGGUAGCACAGGACCACUGAUUUGGUUUUCUGUAUCUCUAAUGGACCAGCAAUGGGACACACAAUCUCUGCCCAGAGUGGUUGUCCCACCAACAGCCUGGCCCAUCUUUCGUUUCAUACGUGGCCACAUCAAUGGAAAGCCGUUGUGCAACGAUGACUCCUACGUCUUUGGGAGUUUGGACUUGCCAGCUCAAGCAGCUCCCUCCUACCAUGCAAAUUAUCUUCUGGCCCAGUUUCAAAAGGUUCACGUUUUCUGAUGGCUCGCUUCAAGGCUCAGGAGUGCAGCUGGGAGCGAUGUUCAGUACAUCAUGCCUUGGAAGGAGACAAUUGGCUCCUGGAAGAGAACACGUGGUGCUUUCCUGAAGAGUGAUUUCUCCAUUUAUUAAGAAUAAGACUGAAGAAGAAUUCUGUUUGAUGAUGAUGAUUUCUAUACCAUAUGAUAUGUUUAAGGAAAACAAUUCCAAAGCGGUUUACAACACAUUCAAACAUCAAAUAAAACAAUCCAGAAUGGAAUCAUAGAGUUGCAGAGUUGGAAGUGGCCCUUAGGGUCAUCUAGUCCAACCCUCUGCAAGGCAGGAAUCUCAACUAAAGUACCCAUGACAGAUGGCCAUCCGACCUCUGCUUUAAAACUUCCAAGGAAGGAGAAUAAAACAUUUAUCAAAUGCAGUGCUGGAUAAACAAGCUAUAGCUUAGGGUCCCACUCUCUGGGCGGCUGCCAACAAAAUAUUAAAAUACAAAGUCCGUCAAACAUUAAAAGCUUCCCUAAACAGGGCUGCCUUCCGAUGUCUUCCAACUUGGAUGGCCUUAAAAGAGGAUUUAAAAGAGAAGAGCGUUUUUGUACUCAGGUCCUGCUUGCGGGCUUUUGGUGGGCAUCUGUUUGGUUACUGUGAGAAAAAGAAUAGAUGUAUCACUGACCCUAUCCACCGAAAUGUUCUCCUAGCUAAGUGUGUAUAAAAUUGUUCCCUUGAUGUACUUUUGUUGUAAUUGAUUGCCAUUAGGGUGAUGACUUUUUUACAACCUCAUUUCCCCCCUGUAUCAUACUUUGAUGAGCUUUCAUUAAAGAUUAGAUAAAAUCUUACUUUCAAAGAGAUCCGAUAAAAAAACGUCACACACAAAAUGAUUUUUUUAAAAAAAUUAAUCAGUUUUUUGACAAUUUUUGAAGUCACUGUAAGCAGAUACAAAAUUGAACCCAAGCUUUAGAGUCACAUAUAUACAACAUUAUAUAGGGUCAUCAAACACACAAGGAAGCUUUUUUUAGCUGCAGUAACAGUAUAGACGCCGCUAGAGGACGAUGUUUUGCUACCUCUCCUGUAGGUUCUUUUCCCAGCAUGUCCGGCAGGGUCUGCUGGCUGAGUUUUGAGGUCCCCCAAAGGGGAUUUUACCUUGCGCAGGUGUGACAUUUGUAUACCGUAUGUUGCUAAGAACACUCCCCAUUGUGGAAUGUGGUGUUGUGUCCAAAUGUGAUACGAAAUAGAUAUAGAAUUGUUAAUACAAUUUUAUAAAAUGGUAUAACGGCAUACAAAAAAAUUAAAAACGGUUUGUGCGUAACCUUUUUAAAUAUUUCAAUGGAAUAUACCUCAUUUUAGUCAUUAAUAGGCAAAAGUUCAUCCAUUUGUGCUACAGGAAAUAAUUUUUGAAGAAAAAUAAAAAGUCAUCACCCUCAUUGCCACAAGUUAUCGCAAGAGCUGGAGAGGCAGAAUGUGACUAUUUAAAAUAAAGUGAGCCACCAAUUAAAAAAGACCUCUCCGCCUCCUGACGAGGCUUCCAGAUGAGCAGGCUGGGGCAAGUCUUAUCCCUGGCAUCUCGUCCUUGACGAAUGAUGGACAGAGCCCAAGGGAGGCUUCAGGGUGUGCCGGCAGGAUAUUAUAUUUCAGGCAGCACCAAGAUCAAGUGCGUGGGUGGAUGAUCAGAAGGCUUUCAGGUGGUGGAGUUAAAGAGAUUAUGGCUUAUUAAGAGCUUUGCAAAAAAAAAAAAGCUGUUUAAUUGGCUUAGGCUACAUAACAAGGUGUUAGCCAGAAACAAUUUAAUUUGGCUUGGAUGCCUCGAGCUUGGUGUUCGCCAAGUUUGGGGGCUUGUGUGAGGGCUGUACCACUUCAGAACUCAGAUGGGAGUGCAAAUGGUGGAAUGCUGCUCUCUUAAAAAAAUCCCCACAUAUAGAAGACUAGCAUCUCAGGAAGGAUGUUGGAUCAGAACCGUCUUUUCCUUGAUUUCUGAUUUGCACAAAUGAGUGACACUGAUUAAGUCACUGAAAUGGCAGCUGCCAUGCACAAGAGGGAGCUCAA